UGUUCCCGAAUGGACGCGCGGCGUUCGGUCGUUUCGCGCCAAAGUUACGCUGAUGUGAAUUCAAAUUUAGAACGCGAUUUGUUUUCUUUUUUUUGUGUGUAGUUUUUCUACGUAGGGCUUAAAUAAAUAGUUUUGGUGCAAAAAGGUAGUGGUGAUGUGGAUAUUUUUUUUGUGAAUUCGAAACGUUUUGGUGAAUUUGUAUAGUCUAUCGGUUGGAAAGAAUGUUUUUUCAUUAUUGACUUAUCUAAAGGAGCCAGUAACCUUACAAGUAAGACAAAAUAAAAAAAAUACCUACCUGCAAAAAUAACUUAUGACAUAGGCACCAAUUAGCAAAACUGAAGGGUCAAUUAAUGAAACAAUUCAAUAUGUGAAUAGACGAAGCUUCAUCAAUAUAAGUGGAUCAGUCGUUGGUACCGCGUGCCUUUAAUAGUUACGACUAGUUAAAAAUAGGUUUAUGAUAAGUGAAAUUUUAAGUGUAUAAACCAAGUUCAGUGAUCUUAUGAGUGAUUGUUUUUAUCUAAACUAACUAUACUAAAAUAUAAACGGAUUAGUACAACAUUAUUAUGUGACAUAAUAAGUCGGACAGUUAUUGUGAAGUGUGACGUGUGUUAUCUACUAAGAAUUUAAAAAUUAAAACUGAGCGUUAAUAAAAUUCGGCUAGUUAGAUGGAAGAUUCUUGUCCAACUUGCACCCAUUGUGUAAGAUAGAGUCAAACUGAUUUGUAAGCUGAAUUGUGUAUCUAUAAAGUAAGCUACUAGUCAUAUAUCCAGCCAUUAUAUAUGACUAGUCAAGUCACAGUGCGAAAAGUGUCGAAUUAUAAUAGCAUCAAAAGUAACCAUCAAAGAAUCAAAUCGCACUAUCAACUAGCGAACUAGUCAUCCAACCAAGUCAGACUAUCAGUCACUGUGAAAAGUGUUGAUUAAAAUAGCACUAAAAACUACUAAAACACACCAACAAAAUCUUUACCACUCCUGACUGGACAAGUUACUGUGCAAAAAGUGUUGAUUAAGAAAACAACGAAUACAUCUGACUAGUCACUAAGCAACUCCCAACUAGUCACCCGGCAACACCCGACUAGUCACCCGGCAACUCCCGACAGUCCACCAGCAACUCGCGACUAGUCACCCGGCAACUCCCGACUAGUCCACCAGCAACUCCCGACUAGUCACCCGGCAACUCCCGACUAGUCAAGUUGCAGCUUUCGUGCGCAGAGUGCGCGAGGCGCGCGGGCCGUGCGCGCUGCACGCCCGCGCGCGACGAGCCAUGCGCUACCGUCAUGGAGACCAUCUCUGAGGAUGCUGAAGCUGAACUGGAACUUGAUAAAAUCCGCAAGAAGUAUGCGAACCUCGGUGACAGCGUGGUGGCGGUCAAGCUGGAGAGGACCCCUAAGGCGGGACUGGGACUGUCCCUGGCGGGACACCGGGACAGGAGCCGGAUGGCAGUGUUUGUCUGUGGAUUGCACCCGGCCGGUGCGGCUGCUAAGGCCUCGCCGCCGGUCAAAGUCGGAGAUGAAAUCUUGGAGGUGAACGGCAUAGUCCUGCACGGGAGGUGCCACCUUAACGCGUCUGCCAUCAUCAAGGGCCUGAUCGGGCCCGUCUUCAAGAUCAUACUGCUGAGGAGAAAGUCUGCGUUAGAAGAUGUAGCAGUAAAACCUCUCAACCCCUCACAGUUCCCAGUCGCUUUGGAGGAAGAGUCGGAAGACCGCUUCGCUGGCUACAAAGGUGUCCGAGAUAUCACUAUCAAAAAGGGUCCCUCAGGGCUCGGCAUCAUGAUCAUCGAGGGGAGGCACACGGAGGCAGGGAGGGGCAUAUUCGUCUCCGACCUUCAAGAGGGCAGUGCUGCAGAACAGGCCGGGUUGCAAAUCGGAGACAUGAUCUUAGCUGUAAAUAGAGACUCGUUGCUGAGCUGCAGUUACGAUGGGGCAGCAGCAAAACUGAAGCAAACAGAAGGCGUGGUGGUUCUGACGGUGUGCAGCCCCAACAUGAAGGACGACAAGGCUGACGAUGGAGGCACUACUCCAGCGGGAGGCAGCGCGACAUCAGGCCCUGCAAGCCGGAACCAAACCCCGGACCCCGGCAAAGCGGCUUCCAGACCCGUCACUCCUCGGCCCGCACCCUCUCCUGUGAAAGCGGAGCCGCCCCCAGACCCGGCGACGGCGCCGAUCGCGGCCAACCAGGAUACGGUCAUCGAGCUAAGCACCGCCAGCGAGCCGCUUGGAAUUGUGCUGUUAGGAGGCAGCGAUACGCUAAUCAACGGAGCAGCAGCAAUAAUCCUAGACGUAUACAAAAACGGUGCAGUAGCAAAGGACGGCCGGCUACGGGUGGGCGACCAGAUACGCGACUGCAACGGCGUUACCAUCACUAAGGACAUGGCGCACGAGCGGCUGUGUCUGACCAUCAAGCAGAAGGUGCCCAAGAUGAAGAUGACCAUCUAUAGACCAGAGCCACUCCAAUAUACUGAAGUGGAAGUGGAGUUGUCUCGGAAACCAGGCCGCGCGCUCGGGCUUACGUACGUCGCGCCGGUACAAGGCACUGGGGUCUACUUGGGAGAUGCUAUUGCGGGCUCCCCAGCAGACUUAGACGGGCGCCUUCAACGCGGAGACUUCUUACUAUCAGUGGACGGCAAGGACCUCUCAGCAGCAGACUACAUCACCGUUGCCACCACCCUCAAACUGUGCGGGAACAAAACCGCCAUCAAGGUGAAGAGGUUCAAAGUCAUCGCUCGAUAAUAGGCUGGCGGUUAUCGCUACUCGGCGAUAGAUGGCGCUAUUCGCUAUGUAAAUGACGCUACUGAAGCAAUGAAAACCCCUGAUAUAGUUCCAAAAUACUGAACUGUCCUAUCCAUGACAUUGACAGCGGGGCGCCAUCGUCAAUACCGGAUCGCUGGUUUCGAUUUUUGCCAUGUUGGAAACCAUAUAGUUGAACGAUGGUAGCGCCCCCCUGUCAUUGAGUUUGGUGGGACAGUUCAGCGUGGGUCAUCUAUAGUAACUGAUGCCGUUAUAGCCAAUUAUAGCUUGACUCAAGAUAAGAUCAAGUCAAGACACAAAGUUUUAAUAGUCUUUGGGUUUUAUUCAACUCAUAAAGUGAAAAAUUAAUAUAACUAGCGCCAUCUAUCUCUCAUAGCGUUUCAGUUACAAGUGUUCGAGCUUGGUGGGAAGACUGAAUAGAUUUUAUAGAAUCUAGGAUAUUAGAAGGUCUCUCCUCAGGUCUAAAAUAAUUUAUUUCUAAGUAAAUCUAUCCUUUUUCUCUCCAAACUCGAACCCUUUGCAACGAUUUUAGUGUAAUUUUAGUUUAAACUAAAUUUUUAUAAAUGCAGGCCAAAAUUUUACUAUUCCUAACUUAUCCUUGUCCUCGUCAGCUUUCGCAAGAUACAUAAGUAAAGUGAAGAGACAAUAAGUAUUUGAAGUUCUUUAACAGAAACACAUUUGUAAUUUAAAAACUAAAAAUAGUUUUCAACUAAAAAUAUGAAACUUUUAUGAGUGCAUUUUCGUAUUUAAACUUUCGAUUUUUGAAAAAUAAAAAAGUAUCCCUGUAAUUAAAACUAAUUACGUAAUGCUAUGGCCAGUAAAUACAAUGUAAUUAAUAUUUUUUGGAGUUAAUGUUAACUAAAUUAUUUUAUAGAAAUUAAUAUAACCAAGGUAUGGAUUCAAUUAUUUAGUAAAUUCUAGGCAUUUUAAGUCGUGGUAUUGUCAAAAAUAGCUGCAGGAUGGAAGAAAAUUUGUAAUAACGGUGCUAGUAUCUGAUUACAUACCUCUUGAGGCCGUCAGUGAUUAAAUUAAUUAUUAUUAUUUUGAUCAAAUUAUAAUAAACUAAAUUAUAUACGACGCUUUCAAUAUUUUUGGCGCUAUAAUAGUAUUUGAAUCUACAAUUAACCACCAAUGUGGUUAUUCAUACGUUCGUGCCAGUUUUCUUACACCCUGUAAUUACUUUUAUUUUGUAAUGAGAUUCAGUAUUGUAAGAUAUAAGAUCUGGAUUACUUGUAGUUAUCGUUAAUUUAAAGCUAGGCCGGAAUGACCCUUUGGUUGUAGUCUAAGCAGAGGUUAUUUCAGUAUUCUAGAUUUCACACAGAUUUAGUUAACUAUAAAGUAGUUUUCACUUAAUGUGCCGUAAUAUUUUAAUGAGACCCUUCUAGUCGUUAACCUGUAUAUCGUUGUCUUUUCUAUAAAAAUGCCUUUUAAAUUAACAAAAAUAGUAUUUAGGCUUCUACUCUAGUUAUUAACAUACUGCUAGUAAGCUAGUGAAAACAAAAUUAGAAGAAUAAAUUAAUAAUUAUAACAAAACGGUAUGUAAGGGACUGGUUGACAAAAAUCUAAAUAUACCUAAUAUUUUAGAUCUCUGAAUUAUUUAUUUACUUACUUAUUAUUCUAUUUUUCUUGAUUUACACGAGUUCGUUCGUCAGUAUACCUAUUAGAGCAAAAAAUCAUAAUUGUUUUCAGCGUAACAUUUUCACAAACAUUGUUGUGUACCCACGUAUUUUUUAAGAGUGCUUAACUAUUAUUAUUUACCGGCAAGAAUUUCCGGGGUUUUUGAACCCAGAAAUGGACUGAAUUUGAUUCUGCCAAAAUCGAUCCCUUUCACACCGUAAAACAUUUAACUAUGGUGUAAUAACGAAGUACUUUGUACUGAGUAUUCAUAGAGAAAAUGCCUAUUGUUUUAUUCCUAUGGUUUCAGGAGAUAUAAAUUCUCAUAGGCUGUUUAGUAAAUUCAUAGAUAACACUUCUUGAUUGUUAGAAACAUACCUAUUUGUCAAAAUUAUAUUAGCAAUUUUGUUUCAGAUAAAAUUAGGAAAUUUUAUUCUGUUGUUUUACCUUACAAGUUAUCUGUGAUUUAUCAAACAGUCAAAAUUAAGUAAAUUUUUAUAACAUCUCGUAAAUAAAAUGCCAAUUCCUAUAAAAUAUUUAUAAUAUUGCAUUUAAAACGGAUGGAUUGCGUAGCAUAAUUCUAAAUCAUUGUAAAGUGUACAAAGUGUGGUUUCUCCUUGUAUUUUAAACAUAUUAGAAUUAAUGUAGGAUUAGCGACAGAUUUUCCGAGGUUUUUAAAAUCUACAUGGCCUGAACUAAAAAAAUACCACUACAUAACGUAUUUCGGAUUUAUUAAUAUACAAAGUUCUAUAGAGUUUUGCUGUGUUUAUUUUAAAUGAAGGUAUACUAUAAUAUUAUUAAUAAUUGACAGCUUUUGGUGUGUUUUAUUUAAUAAAGUAAAUAGAAAAAAAAACAUAAACUGAGUCUUAUUAAAACUUUGGUGCCAUAUAGAAAAGAAUAAUAUGCCGUGGAAACUGAUGUAUAAAUGGUGGAAUUUGCCGGUUAUAAUGUAAUUACAUCUAUAUUAGAUUAAUAAUUUAUAGUUUUAGUCGAUAAAUAAUAUUGUGAUCACCUACCCUCUUGUAACUAAAAUAUUAUUAAAAUAAAAAUAUUUAGUCGUUUAAAUUAUUACGUUGUUUCAAUUUUAUUUUAAAAGUGAUUAAAUAUCUAUUAAAGUUAGGAAUUUUAAGUUUUGUUUUAAGCACUACUGAUUAAAUAGUUUUUUUAGUAUACACUCUUUGUCAAUAUUAGCUUUUAGCUCUAGAUUUAUUUUCCUAAUUAAUUCUAGAGAAAUAAUGAAUUACGGAAAGCACUAUUAUAAAUUUCAGAUUAUCUAGUGAAUAAUAUUUAGUCCAAAGAACAGUCUUAUAUUAUACAGUUGGAUUUUAAAGUUUUACCUAUUGUGUACUAGGAAG